AUGUCCAGCCCGAAAGACGAAGCACGACGCGAAGAUCAAGAUCAACCAGAACGCCCUCGUUCCGCUUCACCUCAUCCUACGUUUGUGAUCUCUAGUCCGAAAGAGCCGCCUGUAUCUAUACCAACGAGUCCAGAACCUUCACCGUCCAUCUCUCGAGCUUCAUCGCAGUCUCUCGCUGAGGAAGAUGAUCCAGCCGAUAAGUUAACGUCAAAACAGGAGAUCCACGAUAAUGACCAAUGUAAUGAAGAGCAUGACCAGCCCGAAGAACAGACAGGGGAUUGCGCAGGAGAUGAUAGGGAAUCAAGGAGUACGACUGCUGAAAUGAGGCAAGAACUUGACAAAUCUGCAGAAGAUACCAAAGAACUUAUGAAAGUGGAAGAUGCUCGACGACCUGAUCUGCUCAAAGUGCACUGGAAGAGCCGGCUUCGUGACCAUCACAUGGUGGAUAUGAGUUCUGUCCAGCGCUCUGCUUGUCCAGAUGCCUCAAGUGACAACAGGAGUACCAAGCAGAUGGCCUCUAGGUUAGUCAGGAAACAUACUGGUAGACCUGCUUUGCCUCCGCCACCCUCCGACACCGAGGACGAAGAAGCGGUGUACGAUUCUGAUCCAACAAACGUCCCUUCAUCAUCCGCUAUCUCACUGAAUUCAACUGACUCGCCUGAUCCGGUGCAGAUGAGAAGUAGAAAUAGGAGAUCCUCAAGUAGACGAUCCUCCAGGAGUUCCAUGUAUACUAGCGACGAAGAGUCGGAAGAUGAUAGAUCUAUCAAGCCUAGGGGAGUGCUCAGUGCUUUGCUUGGGCUAUAUAGGGACGAUAGAAGAGACAAGAUGGAUAUGCGUCAGAUGCUGAGAAGAUCUGAACAAGGUGAUGGGGAGAAGACCAAAAGGAGAUGGUCAUCACAAUCGUUGUUUGCUAUACCUUCCGGUAAUUCUAGUCGGAGAAGUAGCUUGUUCAACUACGAUGAUACCUCAAACCUGGGAGGUGAAGAGCUUGAAGAACGACUGAAAUAUGAGAAAAGGAGAGUACAUCGUAACAGGAAGAGGAACGUAGAUAUACCUCAUCGAAGUCAAAAUUUGGAAGAUCCGUAUAUCCCUUCACCUCAUUUCUCUAAUCAACUUACACCCUCUGCCAAUAUUAACAUAAGUCAGAGAUUUAGAAGAUUCCUCAGUGGUCAGGGAUACCCUGCAUCGUGGUUUGGAUAUUCUCAAGAUACCUCCCCGCGCCAAGGUGGAGAUGGCGGGAACUAUCAAAGAUCAAUGGCUGCUUUGCUGAUCACCACUAGUAGUCUGAUCGCUGCUGCUAGUCCAACUCUUACCCAUGUGGCUCCUGCAUAUGGUGAUGAUGCGGAGACGACAAGCGGUAAUAGAAGAAUCAGUUGGUAUGAGGGAGUAGCGGAAACUCAUGCGAGGCAGGAAGAUUUGGAGCGAAGAGAGGACGAGGCAAUGGGUGCUGGAGCAGACGAUGCCGGUAAUCUGGAGAAACAGAUGGAAGAGGGUAGGUUGAAGAACAGAUCGAAAAGGAAGAGAAGGAGAGGUAAGAGAGUUCAGAAGGAAUUGGCAGUUACGAAGCAUGUUUCGAACAUUAUACAGAGGAAGAAAUUCAUCGAGAUGCUUGCCAAGGCUGUAGUGAGCUAUGGCGCUCCAGCUCAUUCCGUCGAAGCAUGGUUAUCAGCCACCGCCGAUAUUCUCUCGGUGGAGGCGUCUUUCUUCUUCCUCCCUUCAGUAUUGAUAGUGGCGUUCAGAGAUUCGGAUGUCCACUCUACGGAUAUUCUGUUGGUCAGACCAAGUGGUGGACUGGAACUGUAUAGAUUAUCAUUGGUUCAUGAGGUGUAUAGGAAAGUAGUACAUGAUGAGAUUUCAGCGAGUCAAGGGUGUAGGGUUUUGAGGAGGAUCGAACGACGGACCGUCCCAUACUCACGAUGGACACUCAUUCUCGCUGCCGCUAUAGCAUCAGCAGCUUCCGCAAAAGUGGCUUUUUCAGGAUCAUUCAUCGACAUCUUGAUGUCGGGUGCUUUAGGUAGUAUGCUAGCUAUAACGCAAUUCACCAUUGCAGAGAAGAACAAAUUGGUUUCCAAUAUAUUCGAGAUUGCUAUGGCCGGGAUACUGAGUUUUGUCGCUAGAGGCUUGGGCGCUACUCGAUAUUUCUGUUAUGAAUCAUUGGCCUCUGCCGCUAUCGUUCUGAUCUUGCCCGGAUGGCAUAUCUGUCUGGGAGCAUUGGAAUUAGGGUCCAAAAACGUAGUCGCUGGGGCAAUCCGCCUGGUAUGGGCAGUAGUCUACACCUUGUUUUUGUCCCUGGGAUUGGGUAUAGGAAGUCAGAUAUUCGAUUCGUUCGGACCGAGUCAACCUACUAUGCAAUCGUCCACACAAUUGGCCACCAUAACCGGAAGUUUUACAAGCAAUGAUACUUAUUGGGAUCAAACUUUCAACAAUGGCACUUUUACCUUCUCAAAUUCCACUUCGAGUGAACAGGAAGCUACGACUGUAGCAUGCUAUCGAUAUUCAGAUUGGGAUUAUUGGUGGUACACCGAACCCAACGACUGGUGGUUAUUCCUUCUCGUACCGAUAUUCGCAUUUUCGCUUGCUGUAUGGUUCCGAGCCGAUUGGCGAUCGAAGGAUAUCUUCGUGAUGGUAGCGGUGGCCAGCGCAGGAUAUGUUGUCGAUUUCUUUUUGUCUCAGCAAAUCGAUCAAUCAAACGUAGUCUCCGCCGUAUCAGCAUUCACACUUGGUAUACUGGGGAACCUCUACUCACGUCUCGGAGGCGGUUCAGCUUUCCCAUCAAUGGUAGUGGGUAUCCUUCUGAUAGUACCCAACGCGAUAGCCGCAGCAGGUGGUCUGAGUAGUUCAGGCUCAAAUGGCGAUUCCUCUUCUGGCAGUUCCGCUUCCAGCUCGACUGGAAGUAGUAGUCAGGAAAUCAACGCUGCGGUCAUCGUCAGUAUCCGAAUGGUCCAAGUCGGUAUCGGUCUGGCUAUAGGGCUGUUCGCAGCUGCGUUGGUGAUCUAUCCGUUCGGAAAGAAACGAAGGUAUAUAUUUAGUUAUUAA